AGCAAGUAUGUUUUCUACUUUACACGUUGUGUGAAGUUGUAAACGAGCUACAUAGCAGCCAAUCAGAAUUGAGUUUGUGUUGUUUACAAAUUAUAUUAGCCAAUCCCGUUGACAUAAAAUUACUUCAAGUUUUUGUAGAUUUUACUCGCGUAAAGAAGACGCCAUUUUGCAAGCGUCACUUGGCGGCGUGUCGCGUUUGGGCAUUUUAACCAGAAAUACCUCCAAGAAAACAGUGUUAUUGUUUUGUUUUCGUGUAAUAUGUCUUACCAGUCCAGCGUAGCCCAGGAUACAUUAGCUGCGGCUCAAUUAGAGAUGGCCGGUAACCCCAAUGCCCUGGCUUUGCGUCGGCCAUUCGACCCCGUAGCGCACGACUUGGAAGCGAGUUUUCGCCUGACACGAUUUGCUGAUCUCAAAGGAAGAAGUUGUAAAGUACCUCAAGAUGUAUUGGGAAAAUUGGUGGAGUCCUUGCAACAGGACUAUUCACAACAAGAGCAGGAUCAGUUCAUGCAUGUGGCAAUACCGCGCAUCGGCAUCGGUUUGGAUUGCUCGGUGACGCCGCUACGACACGGUGGGCUCUGUUUGGUUCAAACUACUGACUUUUUCUAUCCUCUAGUUGACGACCCAUACAUGAUGGGUAAAAUCGCAUGUGCGAACGUUUUGAGCGACUUGUAUGCAAUGGGAGUGACUGAAUGUGACAACAUGUUGAUGUUGCUUGGGGUAUCAACAAAGAUGACUGAGAAGGAACGAGAUGUAGUUAUUCCCCUUAUCAUGCGAGGUUUCAAAGACUCUGCUCUAGAAGCAGGAACAUCUGUGACUGGAGGUCAGACUGUAAUCAACCCAUGGUGCACUAUUGGGGGGGUUGCUACAACAAUCUGCCAGCCCAAUGAGUAUAUUGUCCCAGAUAAUGCUGUAAUGGGAGAUGUGUUGGUCCUUACCAAACCUCUAGGUACCCAAGUAGCUGUAAAUGCCCACCAGUGGUUGGACCAGCCCGAGCGCUGGAACCGUAUCAAGCUGGUGGUGUCCGAAGAAGAUGUUCGCAAAGCAUACCAUCGUGCAAUGGACUCAAUGAGCCGACUAAAUCGCAUUGCUGCUCGGCUGAUGCAUAAAUAUAAUGCUCAUGGCUCUACUGAUGUCACAGGAUUUGGAUUGCUUGGUCACGCACAAAACUUAGCAUCACACCAGAAGAAUGAAGUAUCAUUUGUAAUCCACAAUCUACCAGUCAUUGCUAAGAUGGCAGCAGUGGCAAAAGCAUGUGGAAAUAUGUUCCAGUUGCUCCAGGGGCAUGCCCCUGAGACCUCCGGAGGGCUGUUGAUCUGCCUGCCCCGAGAGCAGGCUGCUGCAUACUGCAAAGACAUUGAAAAGCAGGAGGGAUACCAGGCUUGGAUCAUAGGCAUUGUGGAGAAGGGCAACCGCACCGCCCGCAUCAUUGACAAGCCCCGAGUGAUCGAAGUGCCCGCUAAAGAUUAAACUGCAUCAGUUUGAGACAUUUCAGAGUUGAAAAUAUUGCAAUUUUUUAUUUUAAUUUCUAUGGACCUUAAAAUCUUGAUUUUUUUAUUUAAAAAUCUUAUACAAUUUGUGUAAUUUGAAUGUUGUUUCUCAAUAUUUGACAUAAGUUGUUUCUAUUUCUUGUACAUGCUGUUAUUGUGACAACAGCUAAAGGAUUUUAUUGUGGACUAGUUGUAAGGAAGCUUUUAGAAAACUUGAUCUAGUAGGUAUCUAUUGGUGUUUACAAUAAAAUAGUUAAGAUAUCAUAUUAAAAUUAAGAACAAUUCCAUUAGGUACAGUCCCAACAUAAAAUGAAUAAUUUAACAUUUGUUUGCAGCUUGUGGACCCGUUUCUGCAAAUUGUGAGAUAAGGUACAUAUAACUAUUAGAAUAAAUUUAUUUUUCAGUC